AACCUGCUGGUUCCUGAAUGUAACCGAAGCUCUUCUGUUGUUCAGGUUCCCCGAUAAAACGGCGGCUGCGUGGGAAUCCCUCCGGCCACAGCCCGGACGUCUCCCUCCUGUCCCCCGACUCGUCCUACGUCUGCUACCCGUCUGCGCACGCCGGCGCCCCCUGCUGCUGCCGCCGCUCGCCGCGCCUCCUCACCAACGGUUACUAUGACGUCACAGAGGACAGCUUCUGCCUGGACCAGGACGGAAACGUGUCUCUGACCGACUGCAGGACCAGCGUGUCCUACAAGGAGAACCUGGUCAGAGUUUUCCGGCGCAGGCGGAAACCUCGCAGCGCUCUGGUCUCCCUGCUGAGCGGCGUUUCAGAGAGCUGCCAGUCAUGGCUGGACCAGAAGGUGUUCAGAGGCAUGCUGGGAACCGGACUCAACCAGGACCCGGACCCGGACCCGGACCCGGACUGGGCCCUGGUCGGCCAGGGGGCGUCUCCGUGUCGAUUGGACGAGUCUCUGUGGGCGGGGCUAAACUCCGAUCUGGACGACGGACGAAGCUUCACCUACGAUCCCACUGAAGCCCCGCCUCCUCCAGACAAAGAAGCCCCGCCUCCUCCUGAUGAAUUAGCUCCGCCUCCUGGGAAGCUGCUGAUCCAGGAGGAAAUCUGCUCUGAGAUCAGUCAGUCCACGCAGCGCUUCACCCAAUCACUGAGCGGCCUCUCUGAAGUCCCGCCCCCUCAGGCCUUCUACAGCUGCUGCCAGGCGGCGCCUGAACCUCCAGGGCUGACGAUGAAGGCUCUCCUCAUCCUCAUCUUCAGCAUCUUCAUCAUCAGCGUUCUCUACUCAGGCUCCUGCUGGUGUGGCGCCAUGGUAACGGCCGCCAUGUUGGCGACGAUCUCAGCCGUGAUGUUCGUGACGAAGUCGGGUCCGAUGGGCGAGUGGAGGAGAGCGAAGACGGAGGACAUCACAUCCAGGAACGAGUAGGAACCCGGACAGAACCAGAACCUGAACAGAACCAGACAGGAUUCUGUAGAAACCUUCCUGCUGGUUUUUACCUCGGUGUUUGAAUCCAGCUGGACAAAAAGGUGAAACUGGUUCUGAGCUCUGGAGGCUUUUAAAGCGAACCGGGUUUGAAUUCACAGAAAGAAAAAAAUCAUGGCUGACAAGAGAGGAAAGUUAUCGACCUGAGGAAUCAAUAAUCAAUCAAUACUCUGACUUUUACCAGCACAUAAUGAAUAAAAACUACUGUUGGUUUUAAAAUGGCUGAAGGAGCUCAGAGUCACAGUGAGAACCGUUCAGUUAGCUUAGCAUCACGGAGAGCAAAAAUCAACUGGGAAUUUCUGUGGAGUGAAAGAAACCAAACAGUUUUAAUCAAGUUCAGGUUUUUAUUUCACACAAAAAUCACCUGGAAGAUUUAAUAUCUGAUUUACAGACGAGGAGCGAAGAGUUAUGACCAUUUAUUUAAAAAUAAAAAAAUAAAUCAACCACAACUUCAGGGGAGACGCAUGAGAGCAAUAAUUAAAAAAUAUUCUGCUGUCGUAAAUUUAAAUCCAGUAAAAUCCUGAAAAUUAUAAAUAUUAUAAAGGAUCUGUUUCAAAAUUCUCAGAACUUAAACUUCAGAUGAAUCUAUUUUUAAAUCUGAGGUCAGGUCCUCACUGCUGGGCAAGGCUUUUAUUUUGAAAGGAUUCCUCUCUUUGUAUUGUAGUGCUUUUAAUCUCUGAGCUAAAAAAGAUACAGAGAUGGAUAAAUAAAAUUCACCACAUGAUAAGCUAUAAGUGAAAGCAAGACGUUUUAAAAUAAAAAUUAAAACUAACAAAUCAAUUAAAAUACAGUCAAACGAUAAAGUAUAAAAAUCUGAUAAAUGAACAGAUUUGCUCCAUAAAUUCAGCUGUAAAUAUGAUAUAAUUUAGUGCAAAAUAAAUAAAGAUUUCUUGUUGAUAAAGAAAACUAUUCUAGUUAAAUUAUGACAUAUUUAAUUAUUUUUUGUGACGUUCCCCCUUUUUCACAAGCUUUUAUUUUGAAAAGUAUCUAUUCAAAGUCUUUUUUUUUUUUUUGCAUUAAUAUAUUUCAUCCUGUUCAGACAGGUUAAUAGGAAUAAAAAUUUGAUGUUGAUGAAAUGUUUAGAUAUUAAAAAAUGUUUAAUAAAAAGUUUAAUUCUUAUUAUUAACGAGCAGGGCGUAAUAAAUCCUUCAUGGCUGCAGAAAAACUAAACCAAGCUGCUCCAAAAUUCAGCUGUAAAAAAUUGAGAAAUGGGAUUUCAGAAGAUAAUUUUAGAAGAGCAUAAAUUUAUUUAUUUCCAAGUUUUCACUUUGUUGCAAUCUUUUAUUUUGAAAGGGACUUGCCUCUGUAAGGAACUCCUGAAGUGCUUUUAUUUUUAAUUAUAGUGUGAGAUCCACUCAAACUAUAAAUAAUCUCACACUUCAGAGGCUCCAUGUUGAUAUUUUUAUUAAAAUGAAAAAAUGUAAACUGUACUGUAAAACUUUCUGAUCAUUUAUCAGAAAUCCAGAGCUGAGCUUCGGUUUCAGGUUGAAGCAGAGCCGACGUUCCUCCUGAGGGAACCGUCAGGAAGGUCGUGAUGCGUUCAGGGCUCGCAAAAUUAAAAAUUAAAAAUCAUGCUGUGGUCCGAAGAGACGACAGAAACUUUUUUAUCAAAGUGCCAAAUUUUUUAUCCAGAAACAAAACGAUAUUUUUGAUACUGCGCUCUGCUUUACUUUGUUCUGGAAGCUUCCUGUUUAUUACUGGUAAACAUGUUGUCCUUCAGCUCUUUUUGCUCUGUUUUUAUUAGAGAACAAAACUCUGCUGCCCUCUGCUGGUCGGAACCAGACAGUGCAGCUUAAGAACGUGUGGUUUUUAAAAAUCACAUUUAACUGAAAUUUGUGGAAGUUUUUUUUUUUACUUUCUAAGCUUUAGAUCUGUGAAGCACUCAGCCUCACACUCCUCAUGUUCUACUGUUUGUAUUUUGAUUGAAUGCACUUGGAAAUGUGACACUGCGCUUGUGAUAGCACUUGUUUUUUAGAAGCAGUCUGGCAGCUCAGCAGGAGUUAAAUAUUAAAUGUGAAACAAAAGAAAAAUGUGGAGUUUAAAUUAAAUUCAUGUGAAUCUGAAAAGAUUUCCUGUAAAAUGAGAUUUUUAGGGAUUUCAGAGGCGUUUUUGGAUAUCUGACCACUGGGUGGCGCUGUGACGUUACAUUUAACUUCCUGUCUCCUGCCUGUUGUCAGACUGUUUAUUAUCAAGCUAUUAAACCACAUUAAAGACAA